AUGGAGAGUGAAAGCCGUAUGAAUAAUGAUGAGGCAGUACUGUUUCAAGAGCAAGAUUUAAAUAAGGCUGAGCCGAGUGUUCAGUCACCAAAUUUUGAAUCACGUGAAACUUUUAUUGCCGAAGAUAACUUUGAUGAUAAUUGUAGUAGCACAACUGGAGCUAGUGGCUAUAGGGAUACUUCGGUCUCGCCUCAAAGAUUUUCUAAUAUUGGAAAUGAAGUAAGGACUGACGGUAUUUCUGCAGCUGAAAAUAAUAUUGAAGUUGAAUUCAAUAGUUCAGUAUCUUACAAAGAUAAUGGUUCUAAUGGAAUACAUGGAAUAUGCACCAUUGAAGAAUCGGUAAAGGAAAAUCCGAAAAUUGAUACAGAGACUAUUGAUGUUAAGAUAAACAUACCAAAUGCAAAAAUUAUUAAUGCUAAUUGUGAAAAUGAAAAUAUAGAUAAUUCAGUUAUUAGGUUUAACAACUCAGACGUAACAAAUAACAACUCACCUUCCAUUGAGUUUCUUUCUAGGCAAAGAGCUCUAGAUAGAGCUAAUGUUUUUUUAAGAUGGAAUUUAACUCCUUCUAAACAACAAAUUGGGGAAUUUUUAGAAAUGGCUCAAGGUAAACUGAACUUGAGUAUGGUAUCUGAAAAAGGAUACGACUAUUGUUUACUUUACUUUGAACUACUUCGUGACGGGCUUAUUAAUGCUCAUUUAUGGCGUGAUACUACUAUAGAAGAACUUGAUUCAGCGAUAACAGAAGCUCGUCAAACUCUUAACGGUGAAAUAACUCCUUCAAAAAAUAUUAAGAAGCGUAGAGUUAAUAAUACCACUCUACAGGAUGACCAUUCUUCAUUAUAUAAUUCGGCCAAUACUGAAAAUGAAAAGAUACCACUACACAUAUUAACAAAGAUAAAUAAACAUAAUUCUGAAUUUGAGGACGCAGGCUCAGAAUUUCAAGAAACACCGGUCAAUUCUUUUAGUCUUGAACAAAGUAUUGGAAGUGAUGAAACUGAGGGGAAACCAGAAGUUGACAAUGAAGAUAUUGAUAACUCGUAUAAUGCCAUAGAAUGGCAAGGCGUAAAUAGCAAUAGCAGCAAAGCAAGUGAUAUAAGUGUAGAAAGCAAUAGCCUAAAUUUGAACAAAGAUGCCAGCCCUGAUUCUAACAGAGAUGGAAGUGAUAGUGAUGAAACUGGGGAUAAUACACAAGAACAUGAAGAUAACACAUCUUCUAGACAAGAUGCUAUGAAUCGUCUUUUAAAUCCAAAGUCAGGAUGUAAGGGAGUUUCAUGGUCGAAUCGGCAAAUGGCUUGGCUUGCAUUUUGGAAGGAAGAUAAUCAAAGAAGGUCCAAGACAUUUUCUGCAAGGAAGCUUGGAUUUGAGGAGGCACAAAGAAGAGCUAUUGAGUUUUUACGUCGUAAAAGAGAGGAAGUUCGUAUGAAGACUCAAGCACAUUUAUAUGAGGAACUUCCUAGAGUUGGUUCAUCAACUAUUAAUUCAUCGGGUGAUAGUUCUGGUAUUAAAACUCCAAAUAGGCGAAACUACUCUAAUUCAAACGCUACAACUACAGCAACUCCAGCAACUCCAAUAACUCCUUUAGAAUUAGACCAGUAUUCUAGUGCAGUACAUCAAUUUAUCCCAGGAUUUGAUGAUUCAUCUCGCAAUUUAAUUGCAGGAGCAAACCCAUUAUUUAGUGCAUCAGGGAAUAUAUUGGCAAAUAAUAUUCCAUCAAUGAUUAAUCACGGAACUACUGUUCAACAUAAUGUCAUUCAAUCUAAUAUUGGACAACCAAAUAUUCUAACAGCUACUGCGGCAGCUGCAGCUGCAGCUGCCGCUCACCAAAUGGGAUUACCAUUUCAUCUUGCUACUCUUUCAUCCAUAGCUGGAGGUAUUCCUAUUGACCCUUCUAUUUCUGCAACAGUCGCCGCAGCAACAGGUAUGAACCUUGGUGUUCAGAAUUCCCAGCAAAACCAAGCAAAUCCAAUUAGCAAUUUUACUCAUGCUGCGUUAAUGGCUGCCAAUCCAUUCUUUAUGUUUGGUGCAGCAGCGGCGGCUGCUGCCGCUGUAGGUUCAAACAAUACUCAUAUUGGACCUAACAAUUCUAGUUCUCAUUUUUCAUGGCAACAGUUCCAAAAUGGGGGAAUUGCCCCUUUAAUUCAGAAUCAAAUACAAACGGACAUAAGGGAAGCGCCUUCACCCUCUCAACCAAAUUCUAACAAUCUUAGCUCAAAUCAGCCCGAACAUAAAUCUGAAACUAAGUAUAAUUCUCCGGAAAUCAACUCAAAUUCUUUAAUCGAUAAUGAAGACAAACAUGAGGGUAGUGAUAAAACUUUAAUUAAUGAAUCAAAAACAGAAGUUAUAGCUAACUAUAUAAACGAAUCUUUAUUGAACAACCUUAAAUCGAUGCCAAAAAUCGACGAAGGCACAAGUAAUAUUACCGUCUUACCGACAAAUACUCGAACACUAGAAGUUUAUAGGCAUUGA